AUGAGCAGCAGUAGCAGCACAACAACAGAUGCAUGGGUGCUGGACUUGCUGCGUGGGCUCAGAUACCAUCCCCCUGAUGAGGAAAUGGUGAACCUUUUGAAGAAGCGGGUGGAGGGCUCCCAAGCCAGCCGCAUCAUCCCAGACAAUGAUUUCUACAAGUACGAGCCUUGGGAAUUAGCUGGACGCAUGUUGCCAGACUCUCCAUAUCAACCUAGGAUGUGGUUUUCCUUCAGCCGACAUCAUCACAAAUACGCCAACAGUCCUCGCUGCAAUAGGCUCACAAAGAAGGGCUUCUGGAAAAUCACAGGAAAGCCACGAGAAAUCAAGUCUCGACAACUCUCUGAAUCGGUCACUUGCAAAAAGAGGACCUUGACCUUCCAUUUAGGUCGUCCGUCUAAGCAGAGCAAGACCGGCUGGGUCAAGCAGGAGUAUUAUCUCACUUCAACUGUCCCGGGUUCUAAUCUGAGUGGCCUUGUUCUUUUCCGCAUGAAGAAUAAGUCAGCUGACUAUGAGUCUGAUAAUAAGCAGCAGCAGGAUGUUUCAAUCUAUGAUGAAUCAGCUGAUCCUGCUAUUGGUGGCGACGUGGCCUCUAAUUCUCAAGAUGAUCAAGCUGCUGCAAAUCAUAUGAUUCCGGAGGCCGAAGAACAUCUGCUUGGAAGUGGCAAUCAUAAUGAUGGUGAACCUGGUGGCUUUGUUUCAUCUGAUUUUGAUAUAAUGCAAGAGUUAUGUGCUCAGCUAGGACUUGAGCCGCCUCAGCUGGGAAAUGUUCCUGGUACCGGUGACUACCUCGCCUCAAAUUCUGAUAACCAAGCUGCUGCUAUCCAUCCUAUGAUUACAGAAGAAGAAGAACUUCUGGCCUUAAAAGAGCUGGAACGUGUUCUUCUUGGCAGUGGCAAUCCUGAUAAUGGUGAACCUGGUAGCUGUGUUUCAUCUGAUAUGCGUCAAGAGUCAUGUGCUCAGCCAGGAGAAGAUCUGGAUUCACCCGUUCCGCCUCCUGGGCCACCUGAGCUGGGAAAUGCUCCUGAUGUCUAUACUGAUGAAUGCAGUAGCUGGCCAUCCCAAAUUGAGGAUAAUGAUUCUUCUCUUCCAAACAAGAAUAAUAUUCCAACCAAUUAUGACAGCAAACCAAUUAGCAACACAGCCUCUGACUUCGAGAAUCAAACUAAAGAUGAAAGGAUCCCCGAGGUUUAUUCUCAAUCAGAAGAAAAUCUGCAAUCGUUCUUUCGUUCACUUGAGGAAGAGGAUUACACAUUGCCUUCCCCAAUAUUAUACGUGGAACAGGGAGAUGUUCUGCAUGCCAAUAACUAUAUUGGAUGCAAUGAGUCGCAAUAUGCGGCUCUUUUCCCACAUAGUUCUUGA